AUGAGUUACAAGUAUAUAAGCAAGGCUGGUGAUCGAUUCAUAAAGCAGCUUGCGGGCCGCACGCACAAAGAUCGCUUGGCAAUCAAUGCCAUGCAGACCAAGAUGUACCCAGAAUUCAUGAAGCCUUCUCUUCCACCGGCGGCCGAGGAGGAGCAGUUCAGUGGCGUGCGCAAGUGGAAGUUCUUACCUGGUGAUCGGGUAGUGGUGGUGAAGGAAGGAAAGUUCAGAGGUAAUAUCAGCAAGGUUUUCUCACACGACAAGAAGACCAACGGCUACAUGCUGGACGAGAACGGGCCCACCCGGCAGGUGCCCGUGCCCAAGGAGUACUGGACUGAGGGUCAGAAGACACACAUGACUUUGAUACCGCAGGCGGUGCGGCAGGAAGACAUCAAGCUGGUGGCGGACAUCGACGACCCGGACGCGCCUGGCAAGGUGCGCACAGUUGCAGUACACGACAUUGUGUUCCGCGGUAGUUACUACGACGAGAACUACAAGAAAAUGAUGCCGUACCGAUGUGUUGCCGGCCAGGAGGACCUCGUGAUCCCGUGGCCAGUGCCAGAGCAGACCGCCGAUGGGGCGCUUGCGACCGACCCGCAGACCGCCAGGGAGCAGACUUUCUUUGUGGAAACCGCUGUCCGGACUCCAAUCCCUAACGCUGCAUUGUACACCGUGCGGAACCACAAAUCCAAGUACAGACGGGGCACGUUGACAACCAGAGACAUUGCUAGACUCGUGGCUCCAAAGAUGCCGAUGACCGAAUCAGAGAAGGCCUACGCCAAGCAGAAAGAAGAGAGGGCCAACAUUCCAACUCACAAGUUGACGGAUGAUGACAAGGAGGCUAUAGGUGCGAAACUGUAUGAGCACUUUACGAAAAACUUAUAG